CCUCAGGCGUAUCAGAUGCGUCCGUCCAUCGUCUUCUUUGACGAGAUCGACGGCCUGGCUCCGGUCCGAUCCAGCCGACAGGACCAGAUACACAGCUCCAUCGUCUCGACGCUGCUGGCUCUGAUGGACGGCUUGGACAGCCGCGGCGAGGUGGUCGUCAUCGGCGCGACCAACCGCCUGGACUCCAUCGACCCAGCGCUGCGAAGGCCCGGGCGCUUCGACAGGGAGUUCCUCUUCGGGCUGCCCGACAGAGAGUCUCGUAAAGAGAUUCUGAAAAUCCACUCACCCGGUGGGCCUGCGUCCGUGGGAGAUUUCCUGGGCGGAACUGAUGUAUAUGAAGGAGCUUUUUUCUGUACUGUUGUGUGUUAG